CGGGCAUCACUAGUGUCCGCGAGUAGAGUAGACUCAGAGAGGGGUAGAGGUCAGCGCAGAGGGAACGGCCUACAUCGGAUUUCCGCAAAGCUGAGCAAGGCGGACAACUAUGGCGGUUCAUUCACUUCCAUUUCUUUUCCUAAUUUCCGGCUUAUUCCCCUCUCUCUUUGCUCUCUCCGAUACCACCACUUGUUCAGCAUCAGCCCCACCCUCCCACCAGUUGAUGUGCGAAUUGCGCGACCUCAAACUCAAGGUCUCCCAAUUAGAAUUGAUUCUUGAAGACUCCAUGCAAAACCUAAAUCAGAAGAGCCUUUACAUUGAGAACCGCGAGAACGCGAUUGAAGACUUGUCACGUAGGAUCCAUUCUCUGCAGUCUACUCUCGACGGUUUAAAGGGGGAAUCAUCACGGACUGAUGAGAGACUCAGUGCUCUAGAAAACGAGGUACGGCGUCUUUGGGCUGUGUCAAGAAAGAACAACUUUGAUAUUCAUGAUUUAGAGUCUAAAGCACGGGAUGCUGAGGAGAGGCUGGAAAAGAUUACCUCACAAGUUGAAAAUAUGGCUGACAUUGUUACAGAGCAAUGGAUUCAAAUUCAGCGGCUUGAGCAGGCUCUUCAAAUCAUGGAGAGGACUCGAAGGCAAGUUCGCGCUACAAGAUGCACAUUCUUGAAGUUCAUCAAGAACAUUUUUGGUAAUCAUCAUCAAAAGGUUUUUGGAGUGCUUGAUCCUUACUUAUUUGGUGAGGGGCCUACCGUGACUUCCUAUAUCUCUCAAGCUAAGCGCCAGCUGAAAAGACUAUUCUUAGCAGCUAAAAAGCAUCACCAUCAGUUGCAAGGAUUCAUCAAGCAAGAAAUGGAAAGAAAUGAAUUCACUGCAGCUCUUGCCAACAGUGAAGUGGUUUUCAUUUUGGCUUCUGCUCUAAUUACUUUCCCAAUAAUGGGGGCUUGGGUUUUGCUGUCAUCACAGUUCAGUUAGUUGGGGAACUCCAUGCCUUGAAGAGGAGAAUGUGGCUAAUCCCUGUUUUACUACUACUCUUGGAGAUAUCUGGUUUCUGUUUUGACUAGUGCCGACUGAAGUGAAAGCUACGUUGAUGAGGACGGAUGAUGUAACUGUCUGAAUCUCGAUAGCAGCUGCAGAUUUAUGAUUCUGAAAUACGAGUACAGCAGCCAGAAAUGGUAUCAAGGAUAUUCAAUGAAGCUCUCUUUUUUUGAGCUCAAUAAACAUGUACCCUGCACUUCAUUAGUGGGUUUACAGCUAUGCCAUUACCUACUGGCCGUACAAACUUUAACGUUUUGUGGGCAGUAAAUUCAGACCUGAGAUGGUCUGAAUUUAGCUGCAUUUUUGCAGAAUUACUGUUUAAAAAAUUAAGUAAAAUGCUACGCUGUGAUCUAGCA